UCCUUCUCUUCCCUUAUUUCGAUUUUCUGUCUCUUCUUCGUCCCACUGCGGUUUCAAAGGUCAAAAGGACAAUCGCCCUGAUUUUAUUUUUCUAGUUGACAAAUGGAGAUUGAGUGUGACCAUUACGAUGUUUUGGGGCUGCCAUCUGAUGAAGAAGGUGCCAAGCUAUCAGAACAAGAAAUAAAUAAAGCAUAUCGAUCAAAGGCCAGGGAACUGCAUCCAGACAAGAGGCCUGAUGAUCCCAAUGCACAUGCUAAUUUUCUAAAGCUCAAAACUUCGUAUGACGUUCUCAAAGAUGAAAAGGCUAGGAAGCUAUUUGAUAAUUUACUCAAAUCAAAAAGGGACAAACUUCUUCACUUGAAAGCUCGAGAUUCAAAGCGCCGAAAAAUGAUGUCAGAUCUUGAAGAAAGGGAGCGGUCUGUCGAUCCCAACUUGAAAGCUAAAGAGGAAGAAGAGAGGAUAUCCCGGAAACUCAAUGAGGAGAUAACGAGGAUUAGGAAAAUGUAUACGGAGAAAAUGCCAGCUACAUCGCAUGCAGUGGAUAAGAAAAAAGACAAUGCAUUAAAUUUAGAUAAGCGAAAAAUUCUCAAAGUGUCGUGGAAGGAGACUGGUGGGGAUUACACUGUACAGCGACUUCGGAAAAUAUUCGAGGAAUUUGGUACCGUCGAGGAUGUAGUCAUCAAGAGUCACAAGAAGAAGAAAGAAUCAGCUCUCGUAGUAAUGGCAAAUAAAGAAGCAGCUGCUGCAACUAUCGGGCAUGUUUUGGGCGAUCUUUCAAAUCCUCUUCUAGUUCUGCCUCUCCAACCAGCUUCACCAUCGGCCAUUUUUGGCGCCGAGAGAAAGGCCGAUUAUUCCAAGUCGGAGAAUCUGGUUGGUGUUGGAUAUCGGGCAUUUGAAGACUUGGUGCUGGAGAAACUGAAAAAGGCUGCUAAGGAGAAAAAGUGAAGUGCCGAAACAGUUUAGGAGAUGGGAGCAUUGCAUUGAAUUGAGUUGCAGUCGAAGUCGAAGUCGAAGUCAGAA